AUGCCUGCUCCAACCCUUCGUCCAUCACUAUGUUGCGUCGAGAAUGACGGCAAUGAGGUGGUGGAUGGGGAUGGGCCGGAGCUCGACAAUGUCCAGCGGCUCCACACGCAAGACUCCCUGCAAGCUGCUCGAGCACAUCAGGAAAAGGCGCUGUUGAUGAUCAGUGAGGUCUUACGACAGAUCCAAGAGGGUGGAAGCCGUUUUCAGGGCUCGGAGCACCGCGACGAGGAGUCCUAUGCUGCGUGCGAAGAAGACCUGUCGAGCCGGGACGUGUCAGAAGUGGUGAACCAUCCUUUGCCACCAACUGUGGGCCACAGGUCGCAUAAGCGCAAGACGACUCAUCAGCCAAAAUACCGAGCAUUGCUGGAAGAGAUGCGCACGGAGCUGCUGCCCACGCUUCAGCUGAACCAGGGCAUGAAGGUCUGUGUUGUCUCGAGCUGUCGGCGGCUGGUUUCUUCUACUUGGUUCGACUACCUUUUUGGUUUCAUCAUCGCUGCCAACUCAAUAUGUAUUGGUAUCGAAGCACAAGCAUCUAUUGAUUCUGCCGACAUUUGGAUCGGGUGGCGUUGGCUGGACAUCAUCUUUGUGAUCAUCUAUAUCAUCGAGAUUUCGAUCCGGCUCAUCGCUGUGGGGUGUGCUAAAAGCUUUCACAGUGGCUGGUUUGUUUUUGAUUUUAUCUUAGUCGUUCUGGGCACGCUCAGUGCCAUCGCAACCCCCCUCGCCUCUUAUGCUUUCCUGGAGUCCGUCAUGGUUGUCCGAGCACUUCGGUUGCUUCGACUCAUACGAACGCUGCGAAUGUUGCGCUAUUUCCGUACUGUCUGGCGCCUUGUUUUUGGUCUGUUGACUUCCAUCAACACCAUCGCAUCGACGCUGUGCCUCAUUGUCCUCGUACUGUACAUUUUCGCCUGCCUGGGCAUUGAGCUCAUCACAAACGACGAUAAUCUCAAAAGGGUAAGCACGGAGGUGGAAGAAGUCGUGAACCAGUACUUCCGGUCACUGCCCAUCACAAUGCUUACGCUCGCACAGUUUGUAACGCUGGAUUCCAUUGCCACGGUCUAUUCUCCGUUGGUCGUCGAGCAGCCUUGGCUGGUGACGUACUUCGGGGCCAUCGUCCUCAUAUUGUCAAUUGCGCUCAUGAACCUGGUAACUGCAGUUCUUGUCGAAGGUGCACUCGAAAGUGCACAGCACGAUCGCGAGGCUGCUAAGCACGACUUACACGAGAAGCUGGUCGAAUGUGUCCCUCGCUUGAGGUCGAUUUUCAUCAGCCUGGACAGAAACGGUGACGGAACCGUUUCACGGGAAGAAAUUCAGCAAGUCCCACUCGACGUGCUCCCAGAACGGCUCUUCGAGCAUUCCCAUGUCGCCAGCAUGCAGGAGCUUUUCGAGAUUCUUGAUGUGGAUGACGGAGGAGAAUUGACGCAAGAUGAGUUCAUCGACGGCUUGGUGAAUAUGUUUCUUCAGGAAAUACCUGCACACAACAUCCAAGUUCUGAGACUGCUUCAGUCGGUGCAACAUUACAUGCGAAGCUUGGGCGAAGACGUCCGGAGACUGAAGACCGGCCUGGGCAUGUCCUCCGUUUCUCAGUCAGUCCAAGGGCCCAAUCUGAAUCUCGAGAAGUUGAACUUUAAACUUCAGCAGCUUCAGCCUGCGUCGUAG